UUGAAGAAACUACAGAGACCAAAAAUGGAGUUUCUUCAAAUAUAUAAAAACCAAAGUUCUAAUCUAGAACAGAAAGAAAAGAAAAUUUUGCCAAAAUUAUAAGGAAAAACAAGAGUGAAAUCAACUAUGAGUCAGAGUUGGUGAGAGGCAUUUCCUCCAUUAUAUAGAGGAAGAGGAUCCUUGAGUCAGGGUAAUAGAUUUAUUAUUAGUUGAGUGACAUGUCAAUCCAAGCACAAAAGCGUAGCUCAAUGAAAAUCUGGUCCCCAUAAAGCUUGAAUCUUGAGAGUUACCAUUUAGUCAGACCAGAAAGCUAAGUGUAAAUGAAUAAUCAGAGCAAUUUGAAACGCAGUUGCAUAGAGAUGGCGGAUGCCGCCGAUCAUCUCUCUUCACCUAUCAACCACUUUCACAGCAGCAGUAGCAAUGACAUGGUCGAGCCACAGACGGCCAUGGCCGACGAUGCUUGUAUACAACCACAACCACAACUGCAGCAGCAGCAGCAGCAACAGCACAUUGCUCUGCCUCCGUUGGUGGAGGAUUUGCUGAACCAACUUUGUAAUGAGAGAAAGCAACCCCAGCCAGACUACAACGUCAGGCGGAGGUUGGGUUUGCUGGGCGAGGAGAAGGCCCUCCAACUCCUCCAUGAAAUCAACGAGGCAAAAGUAAUCAAAACCCUCAGUGGCUUCAUCAUGUGGAUGAUCCGUAAUAAACCACAAUAUCAAUGUCCCUCUCCUUCUCCCUCUCCUUCAAAGUAUUGCCCUGCUUCUCUUCUGCAAACCCAAUUGUCCGCUUCUCCAUUUACGCCUUCUGUUCGCAAAGAGCAACCUGGACGAGACCACGGAGGGCUGAGGCCACGUUAUUCCUAUUCCUCUGCCUCACCUUCAAAAGCUCUCCGUGUUUCUCCGUAUCAAGGCCCAUCAUAUGCUCCUCCUUCUACUAUUACUCCUGUUCAACUUUUUAAGGACACUCUGCCUCUACCUCUACCUUUUACUCAAGAUUUUAUUUUUUUUUUCACUUUGUCAAUUUCAUGCUUUUCAUUUAUUGUGAUUAAUUAUCCGUCGAUAGCCCAAACAAGAAAAGAUAUUAUGUCUCUGUUCGAGUCUGCGUGUGUUGGUGAGACUCUCACUAAUUCCUCAGUUCUAGUAAUGAACGUGUUUAUAACCUUUACUUUGAUGAAGUAUACACAACUAGCUCUUCUAAAUGUGUACUUUUGUUUCCCUCUUUUCGGCCGAAGCGGCCAACGGAAGGAACUUUUGAUCAUUCUUCUCUUGAGUGUGGGGCGUGCCACCACAACCACCACCACCACCAAGACUUGAUGAAAUCCUUUAGUAUUCUGAUUAGAGAUUCCCGGUUUGGUGACUCUAAUAUUUUUAUCCAUUGGUGGAAAGAAAUGUCGGCCGGUUGGUUUUCUCAACCAUGCUCAGAGAUUGAGGAUAUGAUAUUCCGACAUUGCCCAUGCUCAUUGGCUUUUCAGCAAGAGAAAGAGAAGAAGAAGGCUCAAGCAAAAGGUAAAAUAUUAUCUAAAAAAGCUUAUCAAAAUUAAUGGUU